AUGACAACCUCAUCAAACUAUGUCGACGUUUUCGCGCCCUUGACAUGGGCUACACCGUACCUUACCUCGCCCGAAUGGAUAGCCUGCAGCCGGGAAAGAGGGUCCGAGCCUGGCGAAGAUACGGACCGAUUCUGUCGCGAUACAAUGCGCGCGAACUAUGGCGUGCAGCACUGGGUCGAGGUGUACAAGCAACCCGCGGCGGGCGCAAAAGUCACCAAGUCGCUCUCCCUGGUCAAGUUCGGCACCGGGCUAAAUGGGUUUCCGGGCAUCUGCCACGGCGGCGCCCUCUUCACGCUCAUGGACGAGGCCAUGUGCUACAUUCUCGUUGCGAACAUGGUGCUCGACCACGGCCUUCCCUUUAUGAAAGUCGGCGAAGACCAAUGGCGGCUGCAGCUCAAGGACGGCAAGCCGGCGCACGAGGUGCUCAAGGGCCGUUUGGUCACGGCCAGCAUGGAUACCAAGGUUCUAGCGCCCGUGCUCUGCCCAGGAAUUGUCGGCAUCGAGACCGAAGUGCUGGAGGAUAAGGGAAACAAGAUGCGGAUAAGGGCCGUCAUGAGGGAUCGACAAGGCAAGGCGGUGGUGCAGGCCGAUGGAUUAUGGGUCAGGGUGGGAGGAGGCGCUGCCAAGCUGUGA